AGAGAGAAAGAAAGGAAAGUCGUGAAAUAAAUAAAGACAAAAACACUACAAAGAACAAGGGAGGCGGGGAUGAUUUAACAAAAGAAUACCUUGACUGUCUGUCAGGCAAGGAGCGUGUAAUACGAUGAUAGAUACACCGGGGUCCGUGAGUUUCCCUCCAUUCCCUUACGUGCAGUGAAUUCCCCUCUCACAUGCACACGGACACACAAUGGAGAAAAGCUCACCUGUGCUUCUUGUCUUGGUCUUCACAUCGCUGUGCUGCUUGCGAGGCUCAGCAAAUCGACUUUCUGCACAAAGUUCGCAGAGGGCAUCACAUUUCCCGGGACUGACAAGUGCUGGCCGCCAGAAUCCACAAGGCACCCGUUCCUAUGGAGACGAAACGGGACCAAGAUUCUCUCCUGAUGCAGAUUCGUUUCUAAGAAGCCUUAGUGGGCGCCCCCUGGCGGGCAGUGGAUCUACGCCUGUACCGGAAGACCAGCAACUUGUCAGCGUGCUCCGCAGUCUUGCAGACAUCCCAGGCUUAGCUGGUGGCUUGAACCCCGACCUACAUGCCGCAGGACCUUAUUCUGUUGACGAAAUAUCCGAUAAGGGGCGUGGCUUAGGUAACGACAGAACGGGACACCCCUUGGGUCAACUUGGAGAACUGCUAAGAGGCUUGCACGGCGACCAUGUCUUGAACUUUGACAGACAAGACAAUGGGCGGAGCUUUGCCUUAGGCCUCGACACGGGUAACCAUCGCUCUAGCGGACAGUGGUCAGGGAACGAUCCACCUGGAAGCGGUUGGAGAUGGGGUGGGCUCGGUCCAGACGUCAGCAUACGGGUAUCUCUGAACGGAAGUGACGUUACGAAGCCCCAGCAGUCUGCACGCGCUCGUUCGCAUAACGACGGCAGACCCACAAGCCGUCGGCUGGAUUCCGCGCCCCCGGGGUACACAGGUAGGCAAGGCCAUGCGAAUAAAGGGUCUUUGAGCAUGAUGAAUCGGGUAGUUGGAGUGGCGAGACAGCCAGAGAAAAACCCAGACUUCGUCAGGUGGGGCGCGGCACCGACGUUGUUUCCAACUGGUAGCAUGGCGGAUAGGGGUCGCAUCAAUUACAUCCAAAGCUUGUGGAGGAACGGGACUUACUCCUACAAAAGUCAUCUAACCGAGCGCACAAAAGGGAACAAGGUCUUAAUAACAGGAAACCCAGCCAACAACAGCGCCCCCAUCAAUGAAUCACGCGUUUUCAUCCCUCACUCUCGUUUACUGUCAGGUGACAGCAACACCAACGGGGGCCUUGUCUUCUCUUCAACUCGACAAGGUCAAAGAGCAGGUCAAGGCACGCUUCGUUCCAGCGGCGCAGAACGAGCGGGUCUUCAGGUCAGACGCGGGGACAAUUCCCCUACCCUCGGCAACCGUGGGCGGGAGGGAAGACCCCUUCCUCCAGAAAGAGGCCCGUCCCCAGGACACACCAAUCACGAGAGGGGUCAAGAAGGGUCACAUCCAAGGUCAAGAGCCGCGGCCAUUCCUGCAACCUUUCCUUUGUCGGACGAUGUCGUGCCACGACCUGCUGCUCCUCUGGCCAGACAACCAGAUGAUCAGGCUGCGCCAGGAACUGCCUCCACAAAACCAGAAAUACUUGUGCGAACGGAGACAAGGGCCAGAGACACGUCAUCCGCCGUUUUUACCGGGUCCUUUGCCCUCGCUCCCUGAAGUAGUGCCUGAACAAGAACAUAGGACGUCUGGCCAUGGCUAAAAAUAACCUGCAAUACUCCACGGAAACCACUUUUCUUGUUGAUAUAACGGACAUCUGGACAGAAGCCAUUUCUUGAGUUAAGAAAAUGUACAUGGGAACAUAAGAAAAUACCGAGACAAUUUUUAAAGCUAAUUUUUCACUUAGCAAUAGCUACGUCUGGUAGUCAUGUAGCUAUGCACCUGUUGCUUCCGGUCUUACUCGAUGCUAUUUUAGUUGCUCGUUACGAUUUUUCAUACCAGAAAUAAAAAAUGAUUUAAUCGACA